GCUCUGGGGCGAGCUUGCACGGUACAUCAUUUCUUCAUCUCUCCUCUCUUGCUUAAAUUGCCACCAUUUAGGCGUCUAUUGCGGAAAUCGUCAUAGACUCUUAAGAGCCGCGGAAUUGGGACGUGCUUUGGAGACCGAUUUGCCAACUCCCGACGGAGCUGGGUGUACGGGUUGGACGCAGAUGUGGUUGUAUGGGAUUUAAUUUUUCCCAGCUUUCCGUGUACUCUUUGGGCCCGUUAACUUCUCAUAUCUGGCCUCCUCGGCCUCGAGUAGACGCUAAAGGGCGAAAACUAAGGAAGGCUUUACUCCUUCCUCGUGAGGAUUCCCGAGAAGAAAGAAUAGCGACAUGAUUACGACUACAACAUCAUAGAGAGUGGUCCCUGUUUCUUCCCUCACAAUUCUGGCCUGUUAACGCUCCUCGUUAGUGCCAAAAUGAGUGACCGCUAUUUAGAACAAAGGAUUAGUAUCAAAUUUUGCGUGAAAUUGAACAAGUCUGCAAGUGAGACCCACCAUCUUUUAAAAGAAGCCUAUGGGGAUGAAGUAAUGUCAAGGGCCCGAGUUUUUGACUGGCAUAAAAGGUUUAAAGAAGGGCGGGAAGAUGUUCGAGACAAUGCACGAAGCGGUCGUCCAGUCACCCACAGGACAAAUGAAAGCAUACAGGUCAGGGACUUGGUUUCUUCAAACAGGCAGUUAACUGUGAGAAUGAUGGCUGAAGAAUUAAAUUUAGAUAAGGAAACUGUUAGACUCAUUCUGAAAGAAAACUUGAACAUGAGGAAGGUUUCUGCCAAACUUACAUCUGGUCUUAUGAAAGAUGAGCCUAAACCUGGAAAACUUGACUUUCGGUUUGACCUUUCAAAGGAAACUAGGAAAAAUAGCUCAUGUUUGAGGAAGAAGGUGUGUAUGGUCAAUAAAUUUUCAACGAGCAGUGAUUCUGUUCCUCAUCUUUCAUUGCUUUAUGGGUCUUCAGGGAAUGAAAGCAUAACAUCCUGCUUUCCCAUAAGUUCUCUGGCCGCUACCCUGGCACCAAUUAAAGACAUGUCUAUGCAAUUAAUCAAAACCAAUUUGGAAGCCCUCUGGCGCUGCUCCUCUGAUGUGCUGCCUGUUCCACAUACAGUAGUUCUUCAGCUGCAGUGA